GUGGUAAAGUUGAAAGCCAACAGCUGUCAAAAGAAUGCACAAGUGACAACACGAAAAGAUGUUUUGUUUUUCGCACCGCUUUCGGUAAUUUUCAAAUUUGUAACAAAAUUACACCAAAACUACAAAAUUUAGUUAUCCAAAAUGAAUUGCAUCAUCACGGGGAGGAAUAUGAAAAUUCUUGCCCGAACGGUGAAUUUCUUCUCCAGAAUCGGGAAUGAGCUAUACCUGGAAGCACUUCCAACGGGAUUGUCACUCAAGGCCAUCAAUUCCAUAAAUACGGCCUACGUGAUGGCUAACUUUAGUUUAAAGUAUUUCAUUAGCUUCCGACAGGGUGCAAACGACCGUUUCGAGGAGAACAACUGCAAAGUUUCAAUCAAACCGAUGCUGAAGAUAUUCAAACGGUUGGCCACGAUCCAGAUCUGCAAAAUUUGGCUGCAGGUCGACCGAAAAAAGAUUAUCUUCCAGUUCCAGUGCAAGUCGGAUAUUUUGAAGACGCACAUCAUUCCGCUGCUUGAACAUGAGCACAUCAAUUCGCUGCGUUUGCCGGAAAGCUUCGCCAAUAAAGUGGUAGGGGACCAUAAAGUGUUCAAUAAAAUUUUGAUGCACUUCCAUCGCAACGUCAAAGAAGUUACUUUCGAUGUUAAAUGCGACGAAACUGUCGUUUCCAAUUAUAUAGAAAAUACCAAUAAGGACCGUACGACAAUGAGGUCAUCGCUUUCAAUCGGAUGCACGGCCUUCAAGUUAUAUGACUUGGAAUCCGAUUCAAACAUAACGUUCUGCUAUAAGGAAUUUAAGGCCAUGGCUCAUUAUGCGGAACACAACCGUAUGAUUGUGGAAAUGAACUUUGACCAGGCGGGAGGGCCUCUGAUGAUACGAAUGAAGAAGGACGACGUCCUGCAGAUUCGUUUCAUAAUGGGUACGAUGAGACCCCGGCUGGAAAAGCAAAACAGAAGCGUCCAGCGAGCAAAUCGAAAGCUGACGGAUCAACUAGGUGGGAAGAAAGUAGUGCCCGUGAGAAACGCAGAUAGCGAACGCAUCGACACGUGUCGAACAUCCAUCAGUCAGGCCAGUGAUCGAACGGAAAUGUCUGGAGCAGAAUCUGUUAACAGUUGCUUACGCGCAGAUGACAGUCAUCAGCGGACGAAUUUAGAGCCUGUUCAACAACAACGAACCCCACAAAUAAGACGGAGCGAAGCACCUACCAAGACAAAUUCCAACGAAGCUAACAGGGAAUCCUUCCUCGAUGGUCUCAAUACUCUUUCCACGCACCACUCUGCCGAUAGUUUUGCUCAUCUACCGGCGGUUCCUUUACCGAACAAUCCACCCCUGCGGACGGAAGACGAUCCAGAAUCAUACGACAUUGUUUUUGCCGGUGAUUCCAACGAUCCCAAUUCCGAAACCCAAAAGCAGCUGGUGGCCACCCCGACUUCCAGCGGCAAACGAAGAAACGAUUCUCAGAGCAAACAGAACGCCAAGCGACCCAACCUAACACAGCUUCGUUCAGAAGCUCUUUUCACCGGGCUGGGAGCAGCUCAGCCACUGCCGUCGACGUCUUCUCGGCUCUCGGUGGUCAACAUUCCUGAGAGUGUCCCAGAAUCCCCCGAGGCGGUUGCUGACCGGAAACGAAAAGAGGACAAAAUGAGGCACAUAUUCCGCAAAUGUUUUGAAGAUACUUUCGAUCCGCGGAAGGUUAACACGGUUUUUGCUGAAAACUCUGAUCCGGAGGACAAUUGAUAAGCUUAUUCCCGCUACGGAAACUUUAAUAUGACAUUAAUAGUUGUAAACAGAGUGUUUUCGGUGGUUAAGAAUAAAUUAUGUUUCCUUCAACCAAACGUUCACAAAAA